AUGGCCCCCAAGAUCGCAAUCGUCUAUUACUCCAUGUACGGACACAUCCGUCAACUGGCCGAGGCAGAGAAGAAGGGCAUCGAGAAGGCUGGUGGCACUGUCGAUAUGUUCCAGAUCGCCGAGACUCUCCCCGAGUCUGCGCUGAAGGCGCUCGGUGCUCCCGGCCAGUCAAGCGACGUCCCCGUUCUGUCAGGAUCUGCAGGCUCCAAGACCCUUGAGAGCUACGAUGCCUGGCUGUUGGGCAUUCCCACCAGAUACGGCAACUUCCCCGCCCAGUGGAAGGCUUUCUGGGACCACACCGGUGGCCAAUGGAAGAACGGUCUAUACCACGGCAAGAUUGCUGGCCUCUUCAUUUCGACUGGUACCCUCGGUGGCGGCCAGGAGUCGACUGCCAUCGCUGCCAUGAGCACCCUGGCCCACCAUGGAAUCAUCUACGUCCCUUUUGGUUACGCCAAGGCCGCAACGCAGAUGAUGAACUUGAAUGAGGUUCACGGUGGCAGCCCGUGGGGAGCUGGUACUUUCGCGGGCGCUGACGGCACCCGGCAGCCCAGUCCCCUAGAAUUGGAGAUCGCAGAAGCUCAGGGCGCCUAUUUCUACUCGGUUGCCGCCAAACACUUCGGUUGA